AUGUCGCGGAUUGAAGAGCUCCCAGACGACUUCGAUGAGUCGCUCAACCUCAAUGAGGCACCACCCCAGGUGGCUCAGGACCUGCCCCAGCCCGGCUUCGACGCCUUCGCCGCAAACAAUGAAGCGCCUUUUCCGAUCAAUGAAGAGAGAUUGAAGGAGAUCAUGAGUGACCCUAAUCACCCUGAUUUCCCCCCAGCCAUGGCCUCAGUCAAAUCACAUUCCAAGGAAGAAUUGCUGGAUAUGAUGAACAAGACCCCGCUGUUUAUGACGGAUAUUGAGAAUGCUGGUGAUGAGAAUGGCGAGAAUAUUCUUUUGGACGCUCUUCAAGCUCUCCAAAAUGAAGGAACCCGAGCUGAGGUCGCUCAAAGUUUCAAGGAACAAGGCAAUGAGGCUGUCGCAGAAAAGCGUUGGAUCGAUGCCAAGGAGAUGUAUACCAAGAGCAUUGCUGUCGUCUCUGCUAAGGAAGACAAAUGGGAUAAGCCUGAGGAUCUCAAGGCGGAAGAGAAGCUCCUACGCCAGAUGGAGGAAGUUUCACACAACAACCGCGCAUUGUGUAACCUUGAGCUUGGCAACUACCGCUCCUGCACACUUGACUGCGCUGCAGUUCUCAAGCUCAACCCGAAGAAUGUCAAGGCCUUCUACCGUUCCGCAAUGGCCCUCCUCAAGCUGGAUAAGGUCGCGGAGGCUGAAGAUGCUGCUUCGCGAGGCUUGAACAUCGAUCCCUCAAAUAAAGCACUUCAGACCGCUGCUUCCAAGAUUGCCGAUCGCAAGGCUCAAGUGGAGCGUGUCGCUGCCAAGCGCAAGGCUGAAGAGGAGCUUGCGCGCAAGCAGAACCUAGUUCUAAGCACGGCUCUGCGUGCCCGUCAGAUCCGCACGCGCAAGACCGAUCAGCCCCCAGACAUGGAAGAUACCAGGAUUCGUCUCGUUCCCGACCCACUCUCACCGGAGAGCUCGGUUGAAUUCCCUGCUGUCUUCCUCUAUCCAAUGGAUGCGCAGUCUGAUUUCAUCAAGUGUUUCUCGGAGCUCCACUCGAUUGUGGAUCACCUCGAGUAUAUCUUCCCGCUCCCGUGGGAUACUAAGAAGGAAUACACGAUCAACAAUGUCGAGUGCUUCAUGCAGACCGUCACCGGCGGCCUCAUCAAGGCUGGAAAGAAGCUGCCUUUAUUGCAAAUUCUUUCUGGUGGCAAAGUUGAAGUUGUGGACGAGCUGGUCAAAAUCUUCGUUGUGCCACUUUCCAAGACUGGUGCGUUCAUCGCUGAGAUGAAGGCCCGUAAGGAGGGUUGA